UCCCGGCUGGGGGACACCCGCCGGUCCCGCUCAACAAGUUCCCCCCCUGCCUUAGGGACCUGGCCGAGAGAACACCCCCUCACAUACACACCUUCUCCCCAAAACAGAGGCCAGCCGCCAGCCCCCUCCUCCGCCCCCGAAGCCGGGCGCCGCAGCCGAUGAGGGCAGCGGGGGAAGCGUGCGGCGGAGGCGGCGGAGGCGGCUGCCUCUAGCGAGCGCUCGGGCAGCUGCGGCCGCGGGAAGCAGAGCGACCAACCGGCGGCGGGACUGAGAAGACCGGCCUCGGGAUAAAGAGACGCCGGAUCGGCUGCGGGACGGAGACGAGCGGCGGCUGGAGAGAGACCAGCUGGCCGCGGGACUGAGGCGACCGACCGGCCGCUGGAGUGAGGGGACCGGCGGCGGGACUGAGCGGACCGACCGACGGCGUGCCGGGCAGAUGCGCGACCGACGCGGACCCUCUGAGGGCCGGCCAGCUCAGCCCGGCGAAGGGAGGGAGAUGCGACGUACGAGGAGCGCCCAAACCACCACUUCUCUGUGAGGAAGCAUAAGGCAUCAUGGUGAGUAAGGAGCCCAGCAAAUGCUUACUCACCGGCUCCGAAAGCGAAGUUGAGCCAGCCGCUUCACUGGCGCUGGAGAUGAAAUACGCCCUGGAUCCCAACCGGCAGAUAAAGAAACGCAAUAAAGCCCUGCAGGUGAGAUUCAAAGACAUCUGCGAGGCCCAGAACGAGCAGAGGGACAAACAGCUGGCCACCACACAGGACCCUGACAAGAGAGAAGCCAAGGCCAUCUCCUACAAAACGGCCUACCGCAAGUACAUGACGGUGCCUGCUCGGAGGUCAAUACCCAACGUCACCAAGAGCACAGGAGUUCAGACUUCACCCGAUCUCAAGAAGUGUUACCAGACCUUUCCUCUGGACCGGAAAAAAGGGAAUAUUCUUAAAAGCGCCUCCACUGUUGACACCUUCAAGGGUGAAAACAACGGGUUCCUCAUCGACGUGAAGGACAAAGAGGGCAGCAGCUCAGAGGAGGCCCUCCAGUGGAGCAGGAAGGCUGGCAGCCUGCAGACGGCCGAGUUCAUCUCCCACAUGAACGAGCGUGCCAACGUGGCGGCUCGCGACGACGGGGCCGAGGCCUGGAGAAGCAGCGAUUUGCACGGUUCUCCCAAGGAGCUGCCGCCUCCUUCUCUCGCAAACUCAUCUAACCCCUCUUUGGAGGAGCUGGCCGCUGCCCGGCCCCCCAGCCGAGGCAGACAGGCGGUGGGGCGGCCGGGGAGCGAGGAGAUCACCCAGCCCCUCCACGGGAGGGUCUUCAAGACUGAAGUGGCCACCGUUUACUUACCAACGGCUGGCUCACACGCCUCGCAGCCUGACCUAGCGGACCUCACGGCCGAGCCCAGCUGGUCACCGUGCUCGACGGCCGAGGAGGACAGAAAGAGGACAGUGCACCUGAACGGUGUCCAGCCCCAGGGGGGAGAUGCUCGAGCCUGCCCAUCGCGCGUGCAGUGCCAAGCCACCGAAUGUAACGACCAGACCCUCAAGGGUUCGCCCAUGGAGGAGAACCAGCCUUGCCAGACGGCCGUCGCCGUGAGCGAGGAGUGCCAACAAAUCGUGCCUCACACGGAAGUUGUGGACUUGAAAGCACAGCUUCAGAUGAUGGAAAAUUUGAUCAGCUCUAGUCAGGAAACCAUAAAAGUAUUGUUGGGUGUUAUACAGGAACUAGAGAAAGGAGAAGCUCACAGAGAAGGGCUUUCAUAUCGGACCGGUCAAGACACAGCUAACUGCGACACAUGCAGGAACAGUGCAUGUAUUAUCUACAGUGUGGAAUUGGAUUUUAAACAGCAAGAAGAUAAACUACAGCCAGUUUUGAGAAAACUUCAUCCCAUCGAGGAAACUCAGGUUGCACCUUUGCCUUAUUCUCAGGAGAGCUACUCCUCCACUCCCAAGCAAAAAUCCAAAACUGAAUCAAAAAAGCAUGGAAGAUGGAAACUCUGGUUCCUUUAACCCAAGUCUAUUAUUUGUGGAGUCCAAGGCCUUCUCUGAAAAUACAUUUGGAGUUCUAUCAAUCACCUAUAAUGGGAUCUUGGUAGAGUGAUGAGCGUUCCGGGCCAGCGUAGUGCUGACCGUUCUGGUGGCAUUCAGUUCUCACCGUACGUACCAAAAAGGCCUUUGUACCUAUGAACUAGUGUCCAGAAGCAAGGCACCAGCCAAGGUCUUGCUGACUUUUAUUUGCAGUUCACCAAUGUGGGAUGUAAAACCUGAAUUGAAAUUUGUACAAAGAUGGAAAGUAAAACUUGUUUUCCCCCCCUUAGAUGCGAAGGAGUCACGUUCUAGCCUGUUAAAAUUGUAGGCUGUCAUCCUGUACACAGCUAAGUAUCACUCUUCCUUUAAAGCCUUUUGGUUUAUUGUCUCUAAACAACAACGAGGGGAAAAAAAAGGCAAGCCUUAUGUUUGCAGUGGUCUUCAGUUUUACAGAUCCAUGUUGAUAGGGGAGUGCAGUUUUCAGCACAUAAAUCCUGGACAAAGCACAAUUUUUUUCACGUGGUCCAAGACCAUGAAUAAUCUCCAAGAUGUGACUCUAUGUAUAUUUGCCUUCAUGCGAUGCAGACUUCAACCAACCUACCACAUCUCGACAAUGCACCUUCAUUUCUAAUUUAGCUAUGUCCUCAUCACCAGACAAACAAGUUGGCUGCUCACCUCCCAGCAGGUGAGCAGCUAGGAACCUCCCAAAGUCAGGACAAGCCUUUAAACCACAGCAAGUUGGCAGGGUCAAAGCAACAGGACAUUCAUCUGUCCUAGAUCUCACUUUUAGCCUUUUGAUACCCAAAAGGUUUAAAUGUCACAUUAAAA